GGUGCGUUCACAGGAGUUUUUUCCGGAGUGUUUGAAAGUUGUCAACAGAGGGAAGAAGAAGAAGAAGAAGAAGGAGAAGAAGACGAGCGGAGAAUCUGAGCCGCUUCACACCGACAGCAGAGCUCGGAGGGGGAGGAAUGGGCUGCAGCCACAGCAAGAAGAAAAGCAAAGGCAAGAAGGGAGAGAAGACUCAGAAAGACAAGAGCCGCCGAGAUGAAGGAGGUAAACGAACGUCAGGUGAGCAGGACGUGUGUCUGGAGAAGCAGCUGGAGCGCUUCGAGUGGCAGCUGAGGACUUUGAAGGAAGUGCUCUCGGCCAAUGGGAACCCAGAGAGGGCGGAGCUUCUCAAAGACCACGCCGACGAAGAUGUGUGCGCCCUCGUCCUCAGCAUCCUGGACAAGGUGAAAACGGAGACGACGGCCGAUUUAAACGUCCUGCACGAACAGAAAAGUAAAAGUGCGACUGAGGAACACGAGAGACACGUGGACGAGCUGCAGAAAACCCACGAAGAAGACAAAAAUCAGCUGACGGAGACGUUCCGCGCAGCUGAGAACGUCCUCACGGCUGAAGUGGAUCAGCUGACGUCGGAGCUGCAGGUUUACAACGAGCUGAAGAAGAGAGUCCAGGAGUCCACGUUCAAGAAAGACCUACAGAGAAACAUCCAGGCCCACGGCAGCCCAGGUGCAUUCUGGGAGUCGGAGCAGGAGUCUCUGCUGUUCGUCAUCGAGAUGAAGAGUGAGCGUGUGCAGGACCAGAGCAGGAAGCUGCAGCAGAUGGACGAUCUGGUGGAGAAGAACUUGUCUUUGGAGGAUCAGAUAAUCCACAUCCUGCAGCAGAACGAGGAUCUGAGAGUCCGGAUCGACAACUGCCAGACCCUGAUUCAGCAACUGUCGAAGGAGCAGCAGGACCUGAAGGUGGCGCUGGAGAGGCAGGCGACGGUGAACCAGAAGCUUUCUCAGGAAAAAGAGCAGCUGAUGUUCAAACUGAGACACAGAGACUCGUGUCCGACCAUCCACCUGCCCCCCAUGGUGCAGGAGAUCGCGCCCAGAUGACUCUGGAUCCUCAGAGUCCUCCAUGUAGAUAGACACCAGACUCUGUGUUGGACUGUAAUUAUACUCAAGGUAACCUGCAGUGACCCGGUUUACUCUGCUGCUCUGGGUCCAGGUUUAAAGACUCUAAUUGAUUAUUGUAACAUGAUCCUGGACCCACCACAGUCCCUGAGGUUUCACUGCAGCAGCUGGAUCCUCUGUGUGUGUGUGUGUGUGUGUGUGUGUCUGUGUGUGUGUGUGUGUGUGUGUGUGUAUGUGUGUGUGCGCACUGUAUCGAGCCAGACAACAGUUUCGACCUCAGAUCAUCCGCUCUGCUGAUCUGAUGUCCGUUCAUCCGGGUUUUCGUUUUCAUUCUUUUACUGACAGAUUAUUGAUGACGGUUGAACCGGUUUGAACUGGUCCAACGUCCAGACCUGACUUCAGCUGUCGUUUAGCAGACAGGCUAGCUGAUGCCUUCGCGUCUGUUUUCAACUCGACCACAUCAGGACUAUAAAACUGGAUGUUGUGACUCAGCUGAUACGAGACCUUCCUCUGGUUCUCUGUUCCCUCGUCGGUUAGCACUGCAGCGUUCACAUUUCACAGAAGUCCAGCUCUUCAUGAACAAACUCACUACUUGUUUUAUAAAAUGUUGGCGUGACUGGGGCGUCGCACUGUAUAGUUCUAUGAUCCACCUGUCCGCCAAAGUGCCUGAGACCACAAUCAGACAUAAUGACGUCCAGCUGGAUCUUCUGAGCCGGUGUUGAAAGAAACCUUUUCUGUUUCUGCAGCCAACGUGGUUUACCUCCAAAUGCUGAUGUUUCAAACUCUUCCAGUCCUCGUACCAGGCUGACUCCACAUCCCUGUGGUUCAUGAGGAGGAUGCCAGACUACUGUAUUUUCCCAGGGAACAUCAGUUUGAAAAGCUUGUCUUGCCGUCUUUCACUGUCGGACACUGAGCAUCUUCUCCUGGGCUCUGAGGACGAGUUCCUUCCUGAGCAGUAUCAGGAUGGUAUUUGAGAAGCUGUUACUGAUCCAGUUUUCCCAUAACUGAGUUUAGAGUUUACGUGUCACUUCAGGCUGUUGAUGGUUCAAACCAAUCCAGUCACAAAGUGAAGAAAUUUAAGAAAGAACUACUUGAUGUUGGAGGCACCAGACACUGAAAGCUUCAAAUGUUCCCCAACGACUGCAAUCAUUAGAUCCGUAAAGGUCUGUGGGGUUCCUUCAGACCCUGUUAGUUUUUAAUUAGUGCUGAUUGGAGGUUGGCGUAAGAAGGACUGCAAGGAGCCAAUGAGCAUCUAAGAGAUCCUCCACAGACCUCAGGUGGUUUUAGAGGACCUCUACCCUCUGAUUGAAAACUAGGACCUUUAAAAGGUUCUUCUUGCUCAAGCGUAGAUUCAGUCGGUUACACCAGGACGUUCUGAACCUGUCAACAAACCAAUCAGAGCCGAAACAAACCCACGUAGACUGUGACUUUUCUCAUCCUAUUCCAACCUGAAGCCAAAUGUUUGACUCUUUUUCUGCGCAUGUGCCUUGUAAACGUCACUGCUCUGUUCACUGAGGCU